CGGAUCAGGAGGGUUGUAACAACAAGAAAGCCGAGGAGGGCGAUAAAGGCAGCAAAAGGGAGUUUACUGAAGCUCCCCCGCCCAAGGUGAACCCAUGGACUAGGAAAAUGAACGCGGUGACCGUGGUCAGCGUGAAUGGACAAGCACACCAUGAGUCUUCUGGCCCUGCCAAGGUCGUGAGAGCGGGGAACCCACCGAGAGCCAGACGCGGAGGAAAGGUUGGAGAUUUUGGAGAUGCCAACAACUGGCCCACACCAGGGGAGAUCGCUACUAAGGACAUGCAGAUCGAGGUAGUGACACGGACCGUGUCCUGCCCGGCGACUGUCAGGCAGGUCAGAGACUCUCGGAGAUUUGCCGCUCCUAAGAGGACGACAGCGAAGAAAGAGUCAAAGGAGAAGAGGGAGAGCAACGAGGAGAGCAAGGAGAACCUGAAGGCCAAGUCGGACGACUCUGGAGAGGAGAAGAACGGCGAUGAGGACUCGCAGAAGAAUGGGCAGAAGAAAAAAGGCAACAAGCACAAGUGGGUUCCCCUGAUGAUCGAGGUGAAGUCUGAGGGUCCCAGGGAGCGCUCGGCCUCCAGGAACAACAGCCGGCAGAAUGAAAACCCCCGCAUGCCCCCCAACGCCAGGAACGACCUCAGAGACUGGCACAGUCAGAAGUACGAGCGCGAGUGGCGCGACGACCACGACGAGGUGUCAAGUGUGAAGAGCGAGGGGGCGCCGUUCCGCGGCGGGUUCAGAGGUCGCGGACGUGGAAGAGGAAGAGGCCGAGGACGGGGUAGAGGUGGUGGCAGAGGCCACUAUGACUACCACUACGGCUACAAGGCCUACGAUAUGAAAGAUGGUGCCUAUGGCCAGAAGUACAACAACACAGUGACCUACUACUACGACAAUAUGAGCAGCAAUGACCUUUACUCCGUCGAUCAGGACCUGCUCAAAGACUACAUCAAGAGGCAGAUUGAGUACUAUUUCAGCCUGGACAACCUGGAGCGAGACUUCUUCCUGCGGAGGAAGAUGGACCAGGAUGGCUUCCUUCCCAUCGGACUCAUUGCCAGUUUCCACAGGGUGCAGGCCCUCACCACCGACGUCAACCUCAUUCUGGAUGCUUUGAAGGACAGCAAGGAGGUGGAGCUGAUAGACAUGAAGAUCCGCCGCAAGGUGGAGCCAGAGAAGUGGCCUCUGCCGGGCCUGAGCGUACCCGACCACAGCCAGACCGACUUCUCCCAGCUCAUCAACUGCCCUGAGUUCGUCCCGCGACAGAUGAUUGAGCAGUCUGCAAAUUCCCCCAGAGCCGCCACACCGGUACAGACAAAGACAGAGCCAGACACAUCUAACCUGAAGACCAUGCCCAAGGGCCUGUCCGCCAGCCUCCCAGACCUGGACUCAGAGUCUUGGAUAGAGGUUAAGAAGAGACCCAGACCCUCCCCAGCCAGACCCAAGCAGCAGCAGAAAGAAAAGGAAGACUUGUCUCGCUCCCCAGUGCCCCAGUCUGGGCCAUCGCCUUCCCCCGCCGCCGCCACAGCCAAUAAGGAUGGAGCAGAGCAGGAUGAACCGGAGGAGCUCGACUUCAUGUUCGACGAGGAGAUGGAGCAGAUGGAUGGACGCCGCAACACCUUCACCGACUGGUCCGACGAGGACUCUGACUGCGAGAUCGAUGACCGCGACGUCAACAAGAUCCUGAUUGUGACGCAGACGCCACCGUACCUGAGGAAGCACCCGGGAGGCGACCGCACAGGGCAGCACACAUCCCGCUCCAAACUGACCAGCGAGCUGGUCAAAGUGAUCAACGACGGUCUCUACUACUACGAGCAGGACCUGUGGGAUGAUACAUACGAACCCGAGUAUGCCACCAUCAAGCAAGAGGUGGAGAACUUCAAGAAGGUCCACCUGAUCAGUCGCGAACAGUUUGACUGCCUGACCCCCGAACCCCCUGUUGAUCCCAACCAGGAAGUUCCUCCAGGACCCCCACGGCCCCAACAGAUUCCCACAGACGCCUUGGCGAACAAACUCUUCGGUGCCCCCGAGCCCUCCACAAUAGCUCGCUCGCUCCCCACUACCGUGCCUGACUCGCCCAACUACCGCAGUGCCCGGACGCCCCGCACGCCUCGCACCCCUCACCGGAAGGACCCCACCAUGACGCCACGCUUCUACCCAGUGGUGAAGGAAAGUCGGCCCGUCGAUGCAAAGACCCCCAGGAAAAGGAAGACCCGACACAGCUCCAACCCUCCCAUGGAGUGUCACGUUGGCUGGGUGAUGGACUCCAGAGAACAUCGCUCCCGUACCGCCUCCGUCAGCUCCAAUGCCAGCCCAUCGGAGGGCACCCCUGCCCUGGGUAACGUUGGCUGCACGCCUCAGUCCCUCCCCAAGUUCCAGCACCCAUCGCACGAGCUGCUCAAGGAGAACGGCUUCACACAACACGUUUACCACAAGUACCGUCGGCGCUGCCUAAAUGAGCGAAAGCGCCUGGGAAUCGGCCAAUCACAGGAGAUGAACACGCUGUUCCGCUUCUGGUCGUUUUUCCUACGGGAUCACUUCAACAGGAAGAUGUACGAGGAAUUCCGGCAGCUAGUGGUAGAGGACGGGAAAGAGGGAUACAGGUACGGUUUGGAGUGCCUCUUCAGGUACUACAGCUACGGCCUUGAAAGGAAGUUCAGACCAGACAUUUUCAAGGACUUCCAGGAGGAAACUGUCAAAGACUACGAAGCCGGCCAGCUUUACGGAUUGGAGAAGUUCUGGGCCUUCCUGAAAUACUCCAAAGCCAAGAACAUGGAGAUUGACCCAAAGCUGCAGGAGUACCUGAGCAAGUUUAAGCGUCUGGAAGAUUUCAGGAUUGACCCUCCCAUGGAGGAAGGAGGCCGCAGAAGACACUCGUCUAGUGGGGAUGGACGUCGCCGGCACCCCUCCCUGCCCUCCAGCCGCCCACACAGCCAGGCCAGCUCGGGCCCCAGCCCCGCCCCCACUGCCCAGGGCCCUGCAGCCAGGGAUGAUGCCAAAAACACCAGCCAGAAAGCCCCCGCGCCUGGCUCUGCCCCCGCAUCGGAUGCCAAGGCACUAAAGUAACUCCACGGACACCCCGGGCCACACGGAUCAACUCAACUCUUGUCUUCAAGUCGCCGGUUCUUUCUGCGCCACAGGAGGGGGAGGAGGGGUCCCGCCCUUCAUGCAGCAUGAUAUUUUUUUUUUCCUAUGACGUGAUUGAGGAAUCAGCAAGCAAAAUAAUAAGGCUCUGCCAAUUUGAUUUAAAGUUUUGGGAGAGAACAAAAUAUCUUUUGUCUUUAUGAGACAACAUUUGAAGGCGAGAAGUGUCCAACACAUUUUUUUUUUUUUAUUUGGAAACCAUGGCAGUGAAUUGUAAGUGGUUAUUUACUACUACUUUACCUGCAAACUUUUUUUUUUUUUUUUUUUUUUUUUUUCGUGAGGACAGCAUUGUGUGGACCCCGCUCUCCAUUACCUGGACCCCUCUUUUUGAUCCACACUGUCCUGCUGGCUGAAAGAUAUGUGAUUCCUCAUUAAGAUCUCAGAUUUAUUUUUAUUUUUUCUUCGGCGAGUAGUGGGAUUGGAAACCUGGAAAUAGUUUGAAAAAUUAAAGAAGAUUUGAUUUUUUUUUUUUUCAUUAAGACUGGUCAUCGUGGAAAAAAGGUGUAGAACCAGACAAUAAAAAGAAAGGAGAAAAAAAAGACUUGUACCAAUCCCUCAGUAUGGACAUGAUCAUUGAAAGUUGCCUUAUUUUAAUGGUUUUACUGCUUAUAACUUGUGCCCGCCACCUUAACAUCGAUUGUACAGCACUGAAAUCGCAAAUCACGUAAUAUCGGUCAUCAUUUCCAGCAGAGGCCACGAGGUGGCGCUCUGUCUGCCAAACUCCCGCCCCACCUUCACCUUUCUGAACUGUCUUCCAAGUGUCAUAUGAUCUGUUACAACUCCCUUAAUUCUCCCCUUGUCCCUGUGUUUGCAAGUUGUGGCUUUUUGUGCUAAAAUGCUUCAGCCUGGAGGAAGUUUCUCGCCCUUCCCAAAACAUUUCAUUGUGUGUGUGGGGUGGGCGGCGAGGAUGACCCUUCCAUCUCACUUUGGGUGCUUCCUGACUUUCUCUACCCCCCGCCCCCAUCUGCCCCACUGGAUGGGCUUCAUCCAUCCGUUCAUCCAUCCAUUUGACGUCCAUCCAUCAAUCGACCAACCAUUGAUGCUAAAGGACUGGAAUCAUCAAUCCGGAUUACUUGAAGAAACGAAGGUUAUGAGAGGAGGGCCGCUGUGCUGCGGGUGCUUCGGGGGAGACGCCGGGUGGCUGGGAUUGCGCAGAGUUUUAGCUUUUGGCUUUUCAGCGCUGCCGACCCGCUGCUAAUCAAGGCCUCAGCUUGGCACCACCAGUCUGGCUGGGCCUCGGGCACUCGCCACCUCUUCCUGUUUUACACACAGGACGCAAAUACACAUGAACACUUAGAGACACACACGCAGACAUGCAUACUCACACACAGGUAUGGAUACAGUGACAUGAUCGAGCUGAGUAGGAAACACACACACACACACACACACACACACAUUCAUGGAGCUCAGUAUCCUGCCUGUGUCAACAGCCAGUGGACAAAUAAAUGCGAGACUGAAUUGUUCCUAAACACUUUGGUUCGGUUCCUGGCAGUCUGCCGCACAGUCAAUUUAACUCUAAUAAUCUAGUGUGGGUAAUUUAAUCUUUAUCCGACUUGAGUACUGAUGAUAUCAAACAGAAGAGUGAUUUUUUUUUUCCUCCUCCACUAAUGUAAAUGUGAAUUUGACAGAUGAAGAGAAAUGAUUUCAACUCCCUGCUUCUUGUUUUAUUGUUUAUAGGACAGAUUAUAUAUGCGCCUUACACGUGUACGUAUUCUUACCUUUUUUUCUUGUUUUGUUUGUUUUGUUUUGUUUUUUAAUGGUCUUAUAAUUAUCUUUUAAUGCUUUUUAAAUUUCAAAUUGCUAGCAAUGUUGUGGAGAUGGGGUUUGUCUCAGUGUUGUGUUUAUGCUUUUUGUCGAAACAUCUGUGGACUUCAGAAAUGAGAACAUAGCGCACAACACGAAAGGGAAAAUGGACAUCAGGACCUCAGCAGGCAUCCACUGCAAAAGCAAAGGAAGAAAAUGCUUAGUUUGACAAGUUACAGUAAUUCAUGUCGAAGUAAUAGUUGAUUUGCUUUCCUUAAUGGAUUAUAAAUUGUGUGAUGCUGCGAAGAUCACUCAGUGUUGCCAACUGUUAUCAUAAGCCAAAGCUAAUGGCUGAAUACCCAGCCUCCAGGGUUCCUACGCACAGUAUGUCUGCAAAGUCUAGAAAUGCAUGGAAAAGUAAUUUGAUUUAUAGGCAUGAAAAAGCUUGUGAAUUUCAAAGCAAGUUGGUAAAAUUUAAUUUCAGUUUCAGCUGCUCUGUGACCUCCUGAAACGACGCAAGACAAGAUCACAACUGUCAGUUAUGGCCUUGUCUUGCGGUCCGGUCACUGAAGGCAUACUGAGCUUCAACCUGAAACUUCAAAUCCAUUUAAGAAAUUAAAUGGAUGUCUUGGAGAAAAAAGUGAAAUUUUCACAUGCAAGUGUAGAGGACACAUGUGCCUAUUAUUCUUUUGAGUCUUGGUCCUUUUCCAUAUUAUCAGUUGGCCUGUUAGCUGAAGUUCCUCCUUAUCUCAGAGAGUCCAGCAGAAUGUUCAUGGAUUGUUGUCUCCCUGUGUUAGGAUGUCCAGUUGUCAUGUCAGUUUUUCUGUUUUUAAUUUUGUUUCUCUUAAGCUGGCAUUGUCAGAAGAAGAAGAAGAAAAAAGUUGACAAGGAUUCACUUUUUUUUCCCUCUCUCCUGUCUUGUUGGCUUAACUCCAGGGAGCUUUGGGUCAAUUUCGGAUGCUUACAAUUGACGUAUCACUCACUCAAGAAUCAUUUACUCGAGGGAUUAAAGACAAAAAAAAGAGUGAAAAAAGAGAGAAGAAACCCCAUGCAUUUCCCAAACCCAGUGAAUCCUUUGACUAGGUGAGCUGGUGUAUGUGUGGCUGCCAACACGGCAGGCAGCCACUAGGGGCUUUCUUCCUCAGACAGACACUUGCCCCUCCCUCCACCAACGGGAUCGUCACCUCUGCACCCCCCUCGGCUUUUCCUGGACUGGGAUGCAAAGCUGGGAGCCGGGGCGGGACACGUGUUUUGGGAGUUUUCAGCCUUCUGCAUUAGCAUAGCACCAGAGCUGCUGUUAGCUCUCCAAACAAACUCUAGGAGGCGCGGUACCCACCGCUCAGAAGUUUUACAUGGACUUGGCCAGAUGGCCGGACACUGGAGAGAUGAAUGAUGGACUGGAAAGGGGGAGAGAGGAGAAAACAGGAAGAGAGAGAGUGAGUGUGAAAAAGCCCGACUUGGGUUUGUGAUGUUGCUCAGAGGAAUAUGGCUGGUUAUGAUGUCUGGAGACUGAAAAAAAAAGGACAAAAUUCCAUAAAGCCAUAUAAAUAAGAGAUAGCUGUAUAUGAACCAUUAAAACCUUGUUAAUAGUUCAUUACAUUACAAUAUCCUAGGCUUGUCAUGAGGAAAAAAAAAGAUGAAAAUGAGGAAAAAAGGAACAAAAAAAUAUACAAAAUGGAAAAAUGUAAAAUA